AUGGCAGGUUGGAAUCACACACGUGUGAAGGAAUUCCUUCUGGUAGGUUUAACUGAAAAUCCUAAUUUGCAGAUCCCUCUCUUUUUGCUGUUUACCCUUAUUUAUUUUAUCACUCUGGUAGGUAAGUGUGGGAUGAUCAUAUUGAUCUGGCUAAAUGCCCAGCUUCAUACUCCAAUGUACUUCUUCCUUAGCAACCUCUCUUUUUGUGAUGUCUGCUAUUCUACUGUCUUUGCACAUAAAAUGCUGGUUGACUUCUUUUCAAAACACAAGUCCAGCACAUUUUCUGGCUGUGUUCUACAAAGUUUCUUUUUUGCAGUGUAUGCAACCACAGAAGGUAUCAUCCUGUCUAUGAUGGCUUAUGAAUGCUGUGUAGCAAUAGUCAACCCCUUGCUGUAUACAGCCAUUAUGACCCAAAGGGACUGUAUUCAGAUGGUUUUAUGUUACUUGGCGGGGCUCAUUAACUCCCUGACACACACGAUAGGUUUGCUCAAACUAGACUUCUGUGGUCCUAACAUUGUGAAUCAUUAUUUCUGUGAUAUUCCCCCUCUUCUGAGGCUCUCUUGUUCAGAUGCCCAUAACAAUGAAAUGCUGCUUUUGAUAUUCUCUGGGGUCCUUGCAAUGUUCACUUUUAUUAUCAUCAUGGUCUCUUACAUUCACAUCAUCAUUGCCAUCCAGAGAAUCCGCUCAGCUGAGGGGAGGCUCAAAGCCUUCUCCACUUGUGCCUCCCAUCUGACUGCUGUGACUUUACUCUAUGGGUCUGUGACCUUUAGUUACAUCCAGCCAAGCUCUCAGUAUUCCUUGGAACAGGAGAAAGUCUCUAAUGUGUUUUAUACGUUGCUGAUCCCCAUGCUAAACCCACUGAUUUAUAGUCUGAGGAAUAAGGAUGUGAAAGACGCAGCAAAAUGGUCAGUAUGGCAGAAGAGAACCUCCACUUGA